AACAUGGAAGACGCCAGACCUUCGUGGGACAAUCCCAUGCAGUUUAUAUUCGCCUGUAUUUCGUUUGCGGUCGGGCUGGGCAAUGUAUGGCGUUUCCCCUACCUCUGUCAGAUGCACGGUGGAGGUGGAUUCUUAAUUCCUUACGUCAUAAUGUUAGUUGUGGAAGGACUUCCUUUGUUUUAUCUGGAGCUCUCACUUGGGCAGCUGAUGAGGAAGGGAAGCAUUGGUGCUUGGAGAGCAGUAAGCCCAUAUUUGAUCGGUGUUGGUGCAGGAAGCCUUGUUAUAUCAUUUCUUGUCUCCGUGUACUACAAUGCCAUCAAUUCCUGGAGCCUUUGGUAUCUAUUUCAUUCAUUUGAGAAUCCCCUACCUUGGUCUAGCUGCCCUUCAAACAGAAACAACACUGGAUUAAUUGAGGAAUGCGCAAAAAGUUCUGCCACUGAAUACUUCUGGUAUAGAAAGACAUUAAAUAUCUCUCCAUCUAUCAAUGAUACUGGAAUUAUCCAUUGGGGAAUGAUUCUAUGUCUCAUACUGUCAUGGCUUAUCGUCUAUAUCUGCAUAAUUCGAGGCACUGAAUCUACUGGUAAGGUGGUUUAUGUUACGGCCUGCUUUCCAUAUGCAGUGCUGCUUAUAUAUCUAAUUCGAGGAUUGACACUACAUGGAGCAAAGAAUGGUCUGUUAUAUAUGUUCACUCCAAAGAUUGAGCAGCUGACAGACCCAAAGUCCUGGAUUGAUGCAGCCACACAGAUCUUCUACUCACUCGGCCUGGGAUUUGGAAGCCUGAUUGCGUUUGCCAGUUUCAAUGAGAAAAACAACAACUGUGAGAUACAAGCAGUAAUCAUUGCUUUAAUUAACAGUCUGACAUCUGUAUUUGCCAGCGUUGUCACUUUUGCCAUAUAUGGUUUCAAAGCUACAUAUAAUUAUGAAAGCUGUAUUGAAAGGAUGAUUCUUCUACUAACAAACACCUUCGACCUGGAGGAAACAGCAAUAACAUCAGACACACUCGACAAGUGGACAGCACACCUGAAUUCAACAGCACCAGACAAGUUUGCCACCAUUUCCUCACAAAUUGAAACCUGCGACCUGCAGUCUCAUUUAGAUACGGCUGCUGAAGGUACUGGGCUUAUAUUCAUAGUCUACACUGAAGCCAUUGUGCACAUGCCAGGACCAUCGCAGAUCUGGUCGAUAUUGUACUUUUCGAUGGUCUUGAUGUUGGGAAUUGGCAGCAUGCUGGGAAACAUGGCGGGGGUCAUCACUCCACUCAGUGACAUGAAGAUCAUUUCAAAGUAUCUUCCAAGGGAGCUCAUGAUAGGUAUUACAUGCCUUAUAGCUUGUGUUAUAGGAAUUAUUUUCACCACUGAAGCAGGCAACUAUUGGUUUGUUAUAUUCAAUGACUAUGCAGCAACCCUGGCACUUCUACUGAUAGUUCUGACUGAAAUCAUUGGAGUCUGCUACAUCCACGGAAUAAGAAGAUUCCGGGGUGAGAUUGAAAUGAUGGUGGGACGCAAGCCAAAUUUGUACUGGAUCAUUACCUGGGUUUUCAUAAGCCCUGCUUUAAUUGUAAGCCUCCUGAUUUUUUAUGUCGCUGAUUACACCACAAGUGGAAGGUUAUCAUACAUUGCGUGGGAUUCAUCCGAGGGAAGAUCUGUGACGCUGGAAUAUCCUACUUAUGCCUUGGCUAUCAUUGGACUUCUCGUUGUUGCUUCAAUAAGCUGCAUUCCUUUGAUGGCAAUAGUUGUGUAUAUAAGGAAGCAACUGAAAAAAGGAAGCCUGCUAUAGUUAAAAAGUUAACUUGGGUAUCUUAAAACUGUAUUUUAAAAAAGCAUUCCUUCCGAACUAUAAUUUACUGUAAAUAUUGGCAUUAAUAACUGGA